UAGCACCACAGCUGAUUUCGUUGCGGCAGCCACGUGAUCAAAAAAAAAAGUCAGCAGUCACUUUCACGCGAUCUUUCAAGACGGUAGGCAAGGUGCUGCAUCUACGCCUAACGUGUUACGGGCUUUAGCUGAUGGAAGAUUCGCCAACGAACAAUAUCGUUCCUCCGUCGCAGAGUGGCCGAAAGGUGAGGCAAGCCCCGACGCUCUCUGGUACAGCUAACACAUCAACCACCUCUGCCUCACCAAAGCAUGAGCACCUGGAAACACCGCAAGCUGAAAGAGGAAGCACGGAAUCGACAACAGAGGAACAAGUCCAGCAACAUUAUGGGAUCGGCUACGUGAUUUCCACUCCAAAUGAGUGCCCAGGGCGGCGGACUUCAGUGAGAAACCCUUCUCCUCCUGACGUGCACCCCGCGGGUAAGCCAACGAGUAGCGACAGUCGCAAAGGUGACUUGCCAACUAUCCUGGUCAGCGAUUUGAUCCGCACUCAAGGUCAUCUUAACAAAGCAAAACGUAAGAGUAGCGCCCAUACUCGUAGCGAUGGUAAAGCGGCUCCCUUCAAUCCUGGUGGCGGCUCUUCCGGAAAAGAGGGCAUGGGCUCUAAAAGCCCAAAAACCGCGUCCAGAAAAGAAAAACAAACAGGUGGCAACGAAUCGGACCACGCACGCCUACAAGCGCCGAAAGGUGAACACAGCCGCCAUAAAUCACCCCUUGCCCAACAAGGACGCCCUUGCGAUGAACCCAAGGGUGUGGCGGCCCCCGUUAGCGCAAGCCGACGACAAGCCUCAAAGAACGAGCCUUCGCUUUCCGACGUAGGUUCCGGCAAGUGCAAAGCCGGUUCGCCCGGCUUCCGCAAGAGCAGGUCAACCCGCAAGGAAGGCACUGGCAGCGGGGUAAGACGCAAAAACAGCACGGUUGCAGCAACGACCCGUGACACUGGCAACGAUUUUCAUGAAAUCGGGGCUGCCACAUCCGGAACCGCAGCGACCACGUUUCUCAGCGUGCCGAAAAGGUCCCGACGACACAGCUUUCCAGGCAGAACCGAAGAAGUUGAACGUGCGGACGAUCGCACAGAGGGUGCCGCAAGGCCUGUAGCGGAAGGCAAUUUAUCCUGCCCUACUGAAUUUCUCCUUCUUUCUAAGUCCAUGGAAGACGAGAGUACUGAGAAAACCCUUCCAGGGCGAAGAACUGAGACGAGUAUUGGCAUCUCCUCGAUACAACUGGUAGGCAAGACCUGCUCGUCUAGCCCGGGAAAAGGUGCGGAUGGCUCAAAAGCUACAUCGAGGACCUCACCGCAAGAAAAACUAUCUGGCAGCACCCUCCCGGCUUUCUUGGCUGCAGUACAUUCACGCGUGAGCAAAAAGAAGCCACCUGGAAGGCAAGAACCGCGACGCACUGCAUCGUUUUCGCCGAGGAAAUCAAAGACCAGUGUGAUCUCAUCACGCGCUGAACUCUGCGCGGAUGGCUCUCAACCUAGAGAAACGCGGCCUGAAAGCGGUGCUUCACCUUGCUUUAUGCUCCCUUCCUCGUUUGUUACAGCAGCGGGCGAUGGGAAAGCCCAGGAACCUGCUGGAAGUCAAGAAAUUGCGCACGCCGACAGAAUUUCGUCGAGCGCAUCAGCGGCAGUUGCAAAACCAUUAAGUUCUCUUGGUGAAAAGGACAGUUCGCGAACUACAGCAACACCACUUGCGGCGGCAAAUGUGAAACCCGGCUCGCGCCAUUCGUCCCUGACUGCCGUGUCAGCUGAAGGCGCUCACGCUGAGAAUUUUAAGAGCGCGCUAGAAUUAGGACACGCUGCAGAGAUUUCGUCGAACCUAACAGCGACAAGUGCGCAUACAUCUAGCACGGAAGUGGGUGGGCCACAAGUGGCAGGAGCGCCAGCCGACGACAAUUCCGCUGUCCGCAUCCGCCAUCCCUCCCAUCCCUCGCAUUGUCAAACACGUGAAAACGUGUACACUGGAAAGCUCGCUGAAAGACGGGAAAGUGGCUACGAUGGAAGCAUUUUGUUGGCGCAGUCACAGACAGCUACGUCGUCCUCCACAAAGAACGUGGCCGGCAGCUCGCGUCGUAGUGUAAUAACAAGACGAGAACGGGUGGGGUCUGGCCCAGCCCUGGUUUCUUUGCCUACUGGAAACAUUGAAGUCGCGAAUAGCGAAAAUUCAAGUCGGUUGAGCGCUGCCCAGGAAACCGCAUGCAUUCCGCCAGCACAAACAGGGGCAGCUACGACUUCUUCCAACACAGAAUGCCAGUUUUCUGUGACGCAAGCUUCCACAAUGCUGCAAAAUGCUCAGUUACCGCCGGUGCCUGCAAGUCCCUCCCAGCAUGCGCCUGCUGAGAGCCAAUCGUCUGACCCUGGAAAAUCUGCUGCGGCUAAUGAAAGUGGCUACGGUAAAAGACUUUUGUCCGUGCAUUCGGAGGCAGCCCUGUUAUCUUCCACAGCAACCGUGGCGAACAACUCGAAUACUUCAGCAUCCGCACAAGAACUUCAUAAGUCAUACCCGUUCCUCGUUGACUUACUUACUGGAAAGACAAAAGAGGUGAAUGCUGAUAACUCAACUCGGACGAGCGGGUACAGGAACAACACCCAGGAUUUGCCAACACAGCCAAUUACAGAUUCGUAUCACUGGCCCUCAGAAGACGUUACACAAGGCUCUGAACCUCUUCAACAAGAGCAUGGCAGUCCACAACAGGCCUAUGCCAUUGUGCAAGCUGCUGCUGAACAAUGGCUCUCUACAAGUACAGAUCAAGAUUCUGGCACUCAUCGAGAUACUCGUGAAACUUUGCAGCCGCAUCAUAACGAGCACUCAAAGCAAAGCAGCAUGCAUCAGCAGACAGGGACUGCAUUGCCACAAUCGGCUCCGCCGUUUGACUCGAGAGAUGCUGGAAUGCUUACACAACGCCUCAAUCAUUCCGAUUCGGUGGACUCAGUUGCGGAUCUAGAAAGUGAUUUGCUCGAAGAAAUAGCUGCUAUGACAGCGAGUCAAGAGGCUGCAGGAAUCGUGCAGCAAGGAAUGCAUUCAUCCGCUUCAGAUAAUUCGAUUCUGGGUGUAGAAACAACGCCAGAAGAGGCGAUAAACAAAUUGAAAGCGAGUCUACAGGCUGUAGAACAAGAAUUGUCAUUUCGGAGAAUGACGCAGCAAGAAAUGAAUUCAAGAACACAGAAUUCUUCGCUUCACAGUCUGGGGUCGCCUCCACUACAAGAGGUAGCAAGAGUGCAAGCUAAUCAACAGGCUUUGCAACUAGAAUCUUCACGUCGAGGAAUCAUGCACCAACGGAUUGGUUCAUCAGUUGCAGACUACUCGGUUCCGGCUCUGCCGCCACCGACGCAAGAACAGGCAGCCUGGAUGACAGGGACACAGCGGGACUCGCCACAAGGAUUACUGCCUUCAAGAGUAGGACAAGCAACGUUAUUUUCACGCAGUUCAAAAAAACCAGCGUCCGCUCUGGAAACUCCGUAUGUAGGAAAGAAUGCCAUGAUGCAGGGCACAGCCUCGGUGCAGGAGCAGGCGCUGCAACUGGAAGCAUUAAAAAAGCUAAGCACGAUGCAUCGACAGCGGCGACCACGUUCGCUUUCAGCAUCAAGUAAAAUGGAAAGACAUUCAUCGGAUCAUAUUGCGUCGGUAUUAAAUGCAAGCUGUCUUCCAGUAGCUGCGAAACCCCGAACGCAUGUGGAAAACGAAGAUAUCGAACAUUCAUCGCUUGCUUCAUAUAACGAGGAUACAGCUGCAGAACGACACCACAACAUGAAUUACGGCCAACGAGACCAACUGGCUACAACGUCCUUCGUAAGAAGAGCUAGCCAACAAACACUCCGCAGCUCACCAAAUAUGAUAUCUUUUAAUGCAUCCGACUUUCCACCAGCUAACAGGCCAUUGCCACAGUUGUCAAACACAGACUUACAGCUACUUAAUGAAAGUGACACGCAGAAGGAACUAGAAGUAUCGAAACUCGUACAAGCGAUGACAAUGCCCAUGCCUGAUCCUGCCUCCAAUGCAAACAAUGGCGCGUCAACAGCAUUCGUAACGCAGCCCUCCUUGAUAUCUUUAUCUACCCCGUCGAAUGCACUACCAAAAGGUAUGCCUUUCUCCCAAACCACUUAUUUUCCAUGUUCUACAACUUCACAAGCUGCACAACACCUUGUUCGUGACGUACCGUACUCCAUCACCACAGAGCAGAGCUAUGAACACAUGCAACCGCACCCAACGCAUCAACAGCUGAGCUUUAUGCCGCCGCAAGAAGUGAUCACUGCACCUUCUCAUCAAGUAACCGAACACAAUACCUCCACAGAGCCUGUCUCAUAUGCUCAAGGGACACCACUGUCAACUUUCUCAGCCUCAUCCCACGACACACCCUAUGUUGCGUCCUCCUUAGCAUCCGAAAACACGGAAGUCCCCACCCAUAACAUGCCGCACUCCAGCACAACCGCGCACAACUACGAACACUAUCAACAGUUCCCAACUUAUCAACAUUCAAGUUUUCUGCAAUCGCAAGGAGCGAUCACGGCCAUUUCCGACCAAGGCCCGAAAGGCGCGAUCUCAACAGGACCCAUUUUAUAUGCGCAAGACACCCCAUCGUCAUAUUUCCCUCCCUCAUCCUACGACACCGCCUAUUCUGCGUCCACAACAUCCGAAGGUGCUCAAGCAUUCCUCCAUAACAUGCCGCACACCGACACAGCAGAACAGAACUAUGAGAAUACGAGACCACGCACAACUAACCAGCAGUCAAGCUUCUUGCAAUCGCAUGGAGCGAUUGAAGCAACUUUCGACCAAGAAACCAAGCGCACCACCUCAACAGGGUCUAUCUUAUGUGCUCGAGGAACCCGAUCAUCGUCAUUCUCUGGCUCAUCCUAUGACAUCGCAUAUUCAACAUCUACAACAUCCGAAAGGGCGGAAGCCUUCCCCCGUAACAUGCCACACACCGGCACAGCGGAACGGAACCAUGGGCCCUUGCAACUAGACCCAACGUAUCAACGACCAAACGCUACUGCGUCGCAAGUAGCACGCGCUGUACCUUCCGACCUAGCAACGACACCCACUGUCUCAACAGCGCCAACCUUAUAUGCUCAAGAGACUGCACCGUCAUCUUUCGCUGCCUCACCUUACGACACCGCCUAUUUUGCGUCCUCUUCAGCAUCUGAAAGCGCGCAAGUGAUCACCCCCAACAUGCUGCUCACCAGCCCAGGAGAUCAGAGCUAUGAACACAUGCCACCGCACCCAACGUAUCAACAGCUAAGUCUUAUGCCAUCGCAAGGAGCAGCCGCUUCACCUUCCGACCAAGAAAUAAGGCGCACUAUCUGAAGGCGCUCUUUCGUAAGUGUUCAAGGUGUCCCAAUAACGAUUUAUUUCUGCCUUAUCUUACAACAUCGUCUAUUUCGCGUCGUCUUCUACCUAAAAAGGCGCGUAAAUCUUCGCCCUUAACAUGCCCUACUAUUGGUCAGCAGAACACAGCUAUGUACGAAUGCAACCUGGGUCAUCGCUUGAAGAAAGUCACGCAAUCGCAGGAAACAGCCUCAACGUCUGUAUAUCAACGAACAGAGCCCACAAUCUCAACUUUUCUCAGCGUCGCGAGAUACUAUCGUCCUCUUCCUGCUUACCGCUCUCUUUAAACCCGGGAUUGUGGAUCAUGUUCGAAUCCCGAACAAACACGAGCUUUUGCAAGGGAGGUGACGUAAUUUAUUGCGAAAGGCUUAGCUAUUUGGCACACGUUAGCGGAGUCGUCGUUAGUGUGGCUGAACUUUGCAAGAGUUGCAAUAGGUCACCAACUCCUUCUGUGCAAACGGAAGUCAUUAUCUCGAGACCUCCAUUUAAUUUUCGAGGUUACCAUCAUUUUCCUACCCUUUGUCGCUCACUGAACGCUCCUACGAAGCUUCUUCCGGAGCCCAACUUUGAGCGGUUUGGCAAACGCUACAACGGCCCACUGUCAUUACGCCAGAAAACGGGGUAGUGGGAGCGACAAGUCAGUUCGUAUUCCUAAGUUUCAACUGGCCCGUCGAGCAGCUCAAGAACGAGGGUGGUUUUCUUGUAAAGUCAUUCACUGCUAAACACAAACGAGUGAAAAGAUCGAAAGACAACCAGGCCGCCCUUUGUCUAAGCACUUCCUGGUGGUUCAUUCAGCGCUGAACAAAAUAUUAAAGCAAGGGCAUUCCCAAACUCUGACGUAGCAUGAGCCAGAGCGGAUGUCACUACUACCAAGCAUUCACUCAACGAGUGAGGAGUUCACCAUCUUACAUCGCACCCUUUUCGUAAGGCAAACCAGAAUUUGGUAGGUCGCAUUUGUGUUAUUAAGCACCGUUUACUCGUUUCUUUGCUCCCUAACACCAACAUUACGUGCUCUCUUGGCAGUUUGUGUCGAAAUGUGCCCUGCAUAAGCACAAGUUGACUUCAGCUGCUUCAAGUAUGUUGUCCUCUGCGCACGUAGGCGAUUGUCCACUAUACUCAAUACCGCGGCUCCAAACAUUCCGUCCUGAUGCUUUUCCACAGGAAGUAGCAAAUGCCUGGCUUGCGGCAGACUUGCCACCAGCGCUAUAUACAGUUUCCCCAACGAUGACCUCUGGGCAUGGCCUCUCGAUUUUAACGCAUCCGCUGAAGUGCAAGACAUGUACAGUGUCGAUCACACUUGUCUAGAGUGGCCCGAAGGCUGCUCCGCACUGCGUCUGCGACGCCUAGCGACAAGCACCGGGUUCGAGAUGUGUUGGCCGAUAGCGCCACGCGCGUGGACGCUGCGGCAUUCGCGGGCGGCCAAGAUACAGGCCUGCGUGAUUUGCGGGUCGGGAGCACCGGCUUUUUAUCACUAGACGAGCACUGCCAGCUGAGCUGCGAGCGUGACACGGCUACAAUGCUGCGGCCUGUAUCUUGGCCGCCCGCGAACGCCGCAGCGUCCAGGCGCGUGGCGCUAUCAGCCAACACAUCUCGAACCCAGUGCUUGUCGCUAGGCGUCGCAGGCGCAGUGCGGAGCAGCCUUCGGGCCACUCUAGACAAGUGUGAUCGACUCUGCACUCACCCAGAGAACCGCGCACUGUUGGAAACCGCCAGCGAGCUCAGCGCUUGUGCCAGCAUACUUUCGUGUCCUACAAUUAACGGAGCCUUCACAAGAAAAGACAGUUCAUGGCGUGCCGAAAUUACCAUCUCGCUUAUCUCGCCCUGUUCAUCAGCCAGGUCAAGGUGACGUGCCUUUAUAGCAGCUCAGAGGAAGGAGAAUUUACAAGCAGACACUGGAACAGGCACCUUCAGUAGGCUAUAACUUCAGAACCCAUUCGAUCAGUAUGUUGCCCUUAGCUCUAAACAAGGGCAGUUUUCCCCCUAGCCCUAGAAAGAAAUCACUGUUCCGGUUUCAUCAGUAAUUUUGAUGAUCAUAAAAAGCACCAUUUUUAUAGCAUGUGACUUCAAAUAGGUGAGCAUCGCAUGCUGGGACACUACUGGUGUGAAUGACCUACUUUCUAGGAUUUGGUAGGGUUCUCCCUAACAGAACAUUUCGAACUAAAUGGCACUGCGCUUCUACGUCGUGCUUGAUCAACCAGCAUGAAUACCGCUUUGACGUGUUGUUUUCAGAACGCAAGUGGAAUUUGGCACUCUAAGUGAUGUCAGUACCUGUAGGCAACUACUCCUUUCGGUUGCGCAAAGUUAAACAUGCGUAUUCUUUGAACAACAGACUCGCAGAACCUACACGGACCAUGCGAACAUGCCAUUUUUUUCAUUGUCCUCUUGUAUUUGUGCAUACUUUAUAAAACAAAGCUCGUUAAGUAAAUUUGGCUAACCAGUUGGUCAACAUUUUUCUCUGUGCUGCGUAAAACAUGACUGAAUUACUUGCCGAGCUGCUAUGUAAGUUCUUUUAAGUGUUUUACUAAUGACACCCAGUGGUGCUUCUUGCUCCAGCAGUGCACCCGGUAAAUAAAGUUGUGUAUUCCACCUGA